ACAACUCGCGUCGCGAAUCUUUUUGAUAUCAGAAAGAAGUGAUUCUAAUUCUAGCCUCGCUGUCAUAAUUCGUAAAUCGUAAUCUAUUUCGCUGUUGUACACGUAGUGAGAUAUAGCUGGCCAGCGAAAAAGAAAACGCAAUUUAUCCAUUACAUUGCAUGUCGAUGUAUUUAUUAUCGAAAAUAUCAUUGCAUCCACCGAUUUCAACACCAAAAACGACUAUUAAAAAUAGUGUAUAGUGCUUGCUAUCUGUUGCUAGCUGAACAAUAAAUGUGUGAUCCAAAACUUGUAUUGUUGAAAAAGUGCUGAAAACUUUUUAGUAGUUAGUAAAACCUUUCCAGACUUGCUCAAAGAUAGUGACCGUGUGAAUACGUGCAACAAAGUGCAACACUGCUUCCCCGGAAGAAACCUUAAAAUUGAUACAAUUUCGAAGGCGUCAUCAGCUAGAAAAGUGAUAUAGAACGACGUACUAUCGCUAGCGUUACUACAACACCUCAACCUGAAUUAUUUACGUGUUGCCGUAUCAGUGAAUGGCGAUAAAGUGAUUGUAGUGGAUGCUUGAGGAGGAUAAUGUUUCACCUUUGAUUUGCUUUCUUUCAUGCGGUUUGUAAAACCAUCGAAUCAGUUCAGAAGCGAUUUGUUGUCAGUCGGGUUUUCAAGUUCUCGCGUUGCGCAUACGGUACUCUCGAAGUACAUCAACCCUUCAAGCAAUUAUCUGGAAGGCAGUGUUUAAUUGAGAGAAAGUUGUUUUUCGUGUUCUCGCAUGAUACAUUGUUAAGGAUAAGCUUCGGUAAAAGCCUUGGCUAAAAGUUAAUUUAAGAAGUUAGUCGAAAUAGUGUAAAACCAAAAAUGGCAGGCCUAUGGUCAAUGGUCAAACAGUCCACGCUGGUGCAUCUCUGCUUUGCGAUAUCGUAUUUCACAUCCGGAUUAGUAAUCAACACUGCACAAUGCGUGCUCUAUUUUGGACUCAAGCCCUUCAACAAGCGACUGUAUAGGAAGAUUGGAUACUAUCUAUGUUAUUCCUUCUACUCGCAAUUGGUCUUCUUGGCUGACUGGUGGUCUGGCUCAACACUCUACAUAUACAUCAGUGAGGAAGAUCUUAAAUAUUGUGGAAAAGAACACGUGCUGUUGCUGAUGAAUCAUUGCUACGAAAUUGAUUGGCUAGUAGGAUGGGUGUUCUGUGAAAAAGUUGGUGUAUUAGGUAACUGCAAAGCGUACGCCAAAAAGGUCAUUCAGUACAUCCCAACUAUAGGAUGGGCGUGGAAAUUUGCUGAGUUUGUUUUCCUGGAGCGAUCGUUCGACAAAGAUAAGGAAAUCAUCGGCCUUCAAAUCAAGGAAAUAAUGGAUUAUCCCGAUCCAGUGUGGCUUCUCCUAAAUGCAGAGGGAACACGUUUCACCGAGAAGAAGCACGAAGCUUCCAUUCAAUUUGCUCGAGAGCGUGGAAUGGCCGAAUUGAAGCACCAUUUGAUUCCAAGGACCAAAGGUUUUACUGCAAGUUUACCGCAGCUGCGAGGCAAAAGCACAAUCUUAGAUAUUCAGCUUGCAAUUAGUAAAGAUUCUCUUGUCAAGCCGACUAUUUUCAACAUACUGAACGGCAAACCAGUUGUAGCCCACAUGCAUAUCCGUCGUAUACCCUUAGACACCGUACCCGAAGAUGAAGAACAAGCUGCUGAGUGGUUACAAGAGCUUUUCCGUCAAAAGGACAUUAUGCAAGAGAGCUUCCAUAACCAUGGCGAUUUCUUCACUGGUUCCAACAUCACACGAAAAGUUCCGAUCAAAAUGCAGCCCCGAUUGCACACGCUUGUCAAUAUGGCAGCAUGGAACGUGGUAACAGUGGUUCCAAUGUCAUACUAUCUCGUGCAACUGCUGGUCAGCGGAGAAAUUAUGUACUUUUCGAUUGGUACAUCGGUUCUUGUUGCUUUUUACGCGCUUAUGGUAAAGGCUAUCGGGAUGUCGAAAAUCAGUAAAGCAUCAUCUUAUGGUUCGGAAAAAGUGAACGGUCACAGUGAUCAAAACGGAUCAUCCACCGAUGAAACUACCAAAACUAAAUAGAACAAGUAGCUUUUUAUACUUAUGUAUUUGUAUGUGUAGUGUGUACGUCGUUGUAUCCUUAUUGGGCUUUUGGCCCCUCGAACCCGGCCUGUAGUUUAGCUAAUCCUCUCCGAAAUAUUAUAUUUUCUCCAGUUUUUGGAGGUCACUAUUUUUGCUCCAAGCAAAAUACCAUUCUGUGCGGGAACAAAGCCUUCCGAAACUACGAACGCACGAUCACGCGUUAAGCCACCAACACCGUCAUGCCAAAUUUUUGCUGGACAUUUUUAUAUUUAACUUUUUUGAACGGAGGUAGCAAUGAAUAGCACCGGACUGUUCGGAACGGUGAUUCCUGGUGAAAUCAUUCUUUAAAAGAAGAGAGUACGGAAAAAUUGAGUAAUGAUGUAUUGUUGUUACUAGUUUAUGCCCUUGAUAGAAACAUAUUUCCCUAUACAAGAAUAAAAAAACGAUUGCGCGGUAUGUGAACUCAAGAAACAGGAAACAAGAGCAACUAUGAGAGAAUGAUCUAUUUAUUACCAAUUUUUCGGUGAGAUAUAGUUUAUACUGUGCAGUGCGCGUGUGCAUUGCAGUUAUUGCGAUAAAAGUUUGAAUGCAGACAAGCAGAAGCAGGAACUCAGUGUAAUCACUGGGCAUUCUAUCGAACCAGUGAAAAAAACUCAGUACAAAUUUUACCACCUUCCAAGCGAUUUCGUUACAUUUUCAUUUUGUCAAAAUUAAGUCUACCAUCAAAUUUAACCAAUGCACGAUAUUAAUUCUGUCUUGAUUCUGUGUUUGAAAUUAUCCACACAGCAAAUAAUUACUUUAUGAAUAAGAAAAUAAUUAUUAAUGAUAAGUAAGAAUGACUUUUUUUGCAAAGUGAAGAAGACUAAAAAUGAAACCAAAUUAAGCACAAAAAAUCUAACUUAACCACGUCUGUUGCGCAAAGGUUUAAUUAACCUCAGUUAACUACAAAACAGUCAGACAUAAGUGCAAACGUUGAAGCCGAGCUUCCCUGUUAACAACUUAAAUAUUAUUUUUGCUACCUUAGAAGAAACAGUUUUGAAUUUUGCGAGUGUUUAGUUUAUUUUUCUGUUAGGUUAGUGCUACCUUAUUACAUCAACUGAAUUCAGCAGAAUAUACUAAUAGCGUACAAAUCAGACACUGAGAAAUGCAAUUAUCUACGGUUUGAGAAAUAAAGAUUGUUUUUAAUUGUUAGGAUCGGUA